AUGUCACUCUCCACAGAAGUUACCGUAGCUAUUAUUCUGGGCAUUCCAAGCUUGAUCGUUGCCAGUUUGUCACUCCUGGUUGCAUUCAUAACAAUGCGGCAUGCUCGAUGGAGUCUGGUUAGCGGGGGCAAUGUCGAACUGCACGAAUACCCUUUGCACUCUCAUCCGCCUACCUACAGUGGAUCCGACUAUCAGCACCACCAACGUGGACUUUACCAGAACUUUGACCGUGUGGGCCUACGUUUAUCGCCCGAGAUAUUUUAUAACGAUAGAGACUCUGUCGUUCGUCCGAGGCAAUGGCUUCACGACCGUGUACCUGCGCCGUCCGAACUUCCACUGCGCUAA